AUGACUCUCAUUAACCUAAUACACGUGAAAAGAAGCUCUUCUGUGAAUUGUUGUGGCAAUGACACAGAUGCACCUGCUUCCAUAGGGACAGAAGCAGAGGAAGCAGACGGUGAUGAUGACAAGGCUGGUGGUAACCAUAAUUCAGAUGUUACUCAAAGAGAGGUUCUGGAUCAGUUUUACUCAUCAGAGGAAGGAGAAUCUGGUCUGUUCAAGCUUACACAAGUGCCAGUAGACGCAUCUGAGGGUGGGACCAACGCUUUUACAAAAAAUGACAUUGAAGAUGAUGAUAAUUCUCAACAUGUUUUUAGUGUGGAGACUGAAUCUGAGAUAUCUUUAACUGGUUUAGUGGAAGACCACUUCUCUUCCACAGCCGAUCAAGAGACAGAGAAGGAUCUUAUUCAAAAUCAGCAUAUUGGCACAUUUGACAACUUUAAAGAUAUAUCUCUGGAAGUUGAUGCACUACAUGACAGUACAGUCCCAAAAGAAGAUGGAUAUUCUAUGAGUACCGAACAGUCUGGACAAAUUUCAAGUUUUGAAAUCAGUUCAGAUGUUGGACCUCUGAUUUUAGAUACUCCAAGAGAUGUUCAUACAGAAAACAUGAACCCCUCGGCCUCAUCUUGGCAUGAAGACGCAUUAGCCAACUCUGAUCUAGCUGAGAUAUCAUCAGAUUCUGGACAAGAGGAUCCACCAACCUUGUCUGUUAUUGAAGAUAGGAGAAAUGAGCUUGAGGUACAAAUUCCUGAUACUCAAAGAGAUAGUACUGUUUUCCCAGGUGAUAACCAGACUAGAAGUGAGACCGUACCAGAAGUGUACGUGGAAACUAUUGGUGAUCCAGAAGAGUGUCUUUUAGGUACUCAAGAAUGUUUUUCACCUGAGUAUUACAUACAGACACAGGGCCAAGGGCAAGAAAGUCCACCUGAAACAGAGUCAGAAAAUUUAACGGCAGCAGCUGAAUCUCUUCCUCCACAUGAUGUUCCUAUUGGUGUCCAGUGUUCACCUUCAGAGCAAAAAGAAGCUCUUAAUGCACCAGACCAAGGAACUAUCACAUCAUUAAAUGCUGAUAUCUGUAAGUCUAUUCUUUCCAUGGAACCCACUGAUGAAGAAAAUUGCUUGGAUGUGCCCAUGGCUCCCUUCUCCACGUCCCUCCAUGUAACACCUCAAGAAGAUCUUGAACUAACGCCUCCACUUCCACCUCUCCCUCCAACACAAUGGUGGAUGGGGAAGAUAGUUCAAACUGUUAAAACAACAGAAACUCAGUUCUCUCCAUUGCCAUCAGUUGCUUACAACGGCAACAACAGUUUCAACAUUCAUAGGGAUGAAAACACACAUAAUGGACUAGUUCAAGCGACCGAGGCACAAGAACUGUCAGAAGCCACAGUUACAGCAGGUGAAACCCACAAUACUCAUGUUCAUACACAAACGACUCUGGAUGACCCAUCUAAUGUAACUAAGGAGGAACAGUCUCCUUCAGAAUCAGUUGCUUGGGUGUCACUACUCACACCUGAAGCCACAUCAGAGGCAGAAUCAACAGAAGGUUUAGAAGCACUUGAGUGGUUUAGUCAGAACUUCAAAGAGCAAACCGAUACUAACCUUGCAAGGCUAGAAGAGGAACCUCAACUUGAUAAUCCAAUAGAACCACAAGGGGAAACAGAACGAGACAAUGACUCAUAUGAACAGAAUGAGAAAGUUGAAAAGCUUACAAGAGACAAUGGGUCGCUUGUCAUUGGAAUUGAUCAAAGCAUGUUGAGGAAGGUAUCUGAAAGAAACAGGACACAGCUUGGAGCUCGAGUGGAAGAUAAUGAUUCACUACUGGAGAUCAUACGGAGCAAGUCUUUCAACUUGAGACCAGCAGAUGCCUCGGUGAGACACAACUUUCAAGUAGCUGUUCCUACGACCAACUUGAAGGUCGCUGCAAUUCUAGAGAAAGCCAAUAGUCUUCGCCAUGCAAUGGCGGGAAGCGACGACGACCAUGAUUCAGAUAGCUGGAAAAAAAUUCUCCUAUUUAUAUCCAUCUAUUCUUUUGUAAAACUUAAUAUCAAAUUCAACUCAUCUGAAAUGGAGAGUCAAAAACAAGACAAUGAACAUAUUUUCCGCAGUCUAUAUCCAUCUGUGCCCAUUCCUGACAAUCUUACCCUGCCUGAGUUUGUGCUCCAAGGAGUAGAAGAAUUCACAGAGAAUGUGGCGUUCGUGGAAGCUGUAACCGGCAAAGCAGUCACGUACGGUGAUGUAGUGAGGGACACAAAGAGGCUAGCCAAAGCGUUGACCUCACUUGGACUAAGGAAAGGUCAAGUAAUGGUCGUGGUUCUACCAAACGUCGCGGAGUAUGGGAUUAUUGCCCUUGGCAUUAUGUCAGCCGGUGGAGUUUUCUCCGGCGCCAAUCCGACAGCUCUUGUCUCGGAAAUCAAGAAGCAAGUUGAAGCUUCUGGUGCUAGAGGAAUCAUCACUGAUUCUACUAACUUUGAAAAGGUGAAGACUUUGGGUUUACCGGUAAUAGUGCUAGGUGAAGAGAAGAUCGAAGGAGCAGCGAACUUUAAAGAUCUUCUAGAAGCAGGAGACAGAUCCGGAGACAACCACAAAGAAGAGAUUCUUCAGACCGAUCUAUGUGCACUUCCUUUCUCUUCAGGCACAACAGGGUUACAAAAAGGAGUGAUGCUCACACAUCGCAACCUCAUAGCAAAUCUUUGCUCUACUCUCUUCAGCAUCAGGCCUGAAAUGAUCGGUCAGAUCGUGACUCUUGGUUUAAUUCCGUUCUUUCACAUUUACGGUAUCGUCGGAAUAUGUUGUGCCACGAUGAAGAAUAAAGGCAAAGUUGUUGCUAUGAGUCGUUACGAUCUAAGGCUUUUCUUGAAUGCUUUGAUUGCUCAUGAGGUCUCGUUUGCGCCUAUUGUUCCACCUAUUAUAUUGAAUCUUGUCAAGAAUCCGAUCGUUGAUGAGUUUGAUCUUUCUAAGCUUAAGCUCCGUUCGGUUAUGACUGCUGCUGCUCCUUUAGCUCCUGAGCUCCUCACUGCCUUUGAAGCCAAGUUUCCUAAUGUUCAAGCUUAUGGAUUAACGGAGCAUAGUUGCAUUACGUUAACUCAUGGAGAUCCUGACAAAGGACAAGGAAUUGCCAAACGAAACUCUGUCGGUUUUAUACUUCCGAAUCUCGAGGUGAAGUUCAUAGAUCCUGACACGGGCAGGUCGCUCCCUAAGAACACUUCUGGUGAGCUUUGUGUGAGGAGCCAAUGUGUGAUGCAAGGUUACUUCAUGAACAAGGAAGAGACGGAGAAGACGAUUGAUGAAGAAGGUUGGCUUCACACAGGAGAUAUAGGUUACAUUGAUGAUGAUGGAGAUAUCUUCAUAGUUGAUCGCAUUAAAGAACUUAUCAAAUACAAGGGUUUUCAGGUGGCUCCGGCGGAGCUUGAAGCCAUUCUACUCACUCAUCCAUCCGUUGAAGACGUAGCUGUCGUGCCGUUACCGGACGAGGAAGCCGGAGAGAUUCCAGUGGCUUGUGUUGUGAUGAAUCCUAAAGCCAGAGAGAAAGAAGAAGACAUCCUUAACUUUGUUGCAGCAAAUGUGGCUCACUACAAGAAGAUCAGAGCCGUCCAUUUUGUGGAUUCAAUUCCCAAAUCUCUCUCUGGUAAAAUCAUGAGGAGGCUUCUCAGAGACAAGAUCCUCAGCAUCAAGAAAACGUUAUUGAUCUAA